AUGUCGACCGAGCAGGACUUCACCAAGCGCAAGCUCUGGGGCGGCCGUUUCACGGGCUCCACCGACCCUCUGAUGCACGAGUACAACCAGUCGCUCAAGUACGACAAGCGCAUGUACGCUGCCGAUGUCAAGGGCUCGAUUGCGUUCUCCAAGGCUCUGCUCAAGGCCGGCAUCCUGAACGAGGCUGAGCAGAAGGAGAUCACCCGCGGCCUCAAGGAGGUCGAGAAGGAGUGGGCCGAGGACAAGUUUGCGAUCCAGGCCGACGACGAGGACAUUCACACUGCCAACGAGCGCCGCCUCUCCGAGAUUGUCGGCAAGGACAUUGGCGGCAAGCUCCACACCGGCCGCUCGCGCAACGACCAGGUCGCGACCGACAUGCGCAUCUGGCUCAUGGACGAGACGGCCAAGGUCGACAAGUACCUCUCUGACCUGCUUACGGUCAUGGUCUCGCGCGCCGAGAAGGAGACGGACGCGAUCCUGCCCGGCUACACGCACCUGCAGCGUGCUCAGCCCGUGCGCUGGUCGCACGUCCUGCUCUCGCACGCGCAGAGCUUCAUCAACGACCUCCAGCGCCUCCGCGAGAUGGUCCCGCGCAUCUCGGUCCUGCCCCUUGGCUCGGCCGCGCUCGCCGGCAACCCGUACCAGCUCGACCGCGAGCUGCUGCGCCAGGAGCUCGGCUUCCAGUCCAUCGGCGAGAACUCGAUGCACGCCGUUGCGGACCGCGACUUUGUCGUCGAGUGGCUGCAGUGGGCGUCGCUCAUGAUGAUCCACAUGUCGCGUCUCGCCGAGGACCUCAUCAUCUACUCGUCUGCCGAGUUUGGCUUCGUCACGCUGUCCGACGCCUACUCGACCGGCUCGUCGAUCAUGCCCCAGAAGAAGAACCCGGACUCGUGCGAGCUGCUCCGUGGCAAGUCGGGCCGCGUCUUUGGCCAGAUGGCCGGCUUCAUGAUGUCCCUCAAGGGCAUCCCGUCGACGUACAACAAGGACCUGCAGGAGGACAAGGAGCCCCUCUUCGACGCCGUCGACACGGUCUCGGCCUCGCUCCAGAUCGCCGAGGGCGUCAUUGCCACCCUCACCGUCAACAAGGACAACAUGGCCAAGGCCCUCUCCAUGGACCUCCUCGCGACCGACGUCGCCGACUACCUCGUCCGCAAGGGCGUGCCGUUCCGUGAGACGCACCACAUCUCGGGCCGCUCCGUCGCCCUCGCCGAGGCCACGCAGCGCCAGAUCUCUGACCUCACCAUGGACGAGUGGAAGCAGCUCUCGCCCCUCUUCACCGAGGACAUCAAGGACGUCUUCAACUUUGAGAACUCGGUCGAGAAGCGCAACGCCAUCGGCGGCCCUGCCCGUGAGAUGAUCCAGCGCCAGGUCGACAUUGCCCGCGAGCGCAUCGCCCGCAAGUAA